ACCGGUGGUGCGUGCAUGUGCAAUGUGGGUCUUGUGCAGUGCGGGACUGGUGUUCUGGCGCUCUGGGCCCUAAUCACGCAUGUGAUGUAUGUGCAGGAUUACUGGAGGACCUGGUUAAAAGGGCUGAGGUUUUUCCUCUUCAUCGGGAUCCUCUUCUCUGCUCUCUCCAUGGUGGGAUUUUGCACAUUCCUUGUUCUGGCCAUCACCAAACACCAGUCGCUGGCUGAUCCCAGCAGCUAUUACCUGUCGUGUGUCUGGAGUUUCAUCUCCCUGAAAUGGGCUUUCCUGCUCAGCUUAUAUUCACACCGGUACCGGAAUGAGUUUGCAGACAUCAGCAUCCUCAGUGACUUCUGAAGCAUGGACUCGGUCCUGACGGCAGCUCCUAAUGUUUGACCGAGCCUAUGGAUGCCCUGUCUGGCAAGGAGGCUGUGAGAGGCAGAGAGCAGGAGCAGCCCAGCACCAUAUGACUUGUCUGUCUGCAGUAGGGUUUUUCCUAAUUGCUUUUAUUCAACCACUUAAUUUGGCUAAUUAUGUCAACCUAGUGUUUUUUUACCCUCCAGGGAGUCCAUGUGUCUGCCAGUGAGUCAGGAAGUUCCAGGCACUCACAUGCAGCUGGCCUCAAUUUGCUAUCUGCCGUACUCUGCUAUCGUAGUCCAGUGACUUUCAAAGAGGACAGUUGCAGGUUAGGCUGUGGAGGCAGCACCUGGUUAAGAAUUGGGCGUCCAAUGAAUCACCAGCAUGUUCCUGGGGUUGCUUAGCAGGGGGCAAUGCCAUGUGACAGGAGAUCUUUGUUCUCGCAAGGCAUUUGAGCAAGGGCUGCAUGUUUCCCAGCACUGGGGACGACAAACGUGCUGAUACCUCCAAGGCAGCCCCCCAAACCUUCAACAUUUCCUUGUGUUUCUUCCUGUAAAGAGUUGGGCUAAGAGGAAGGCAUGGUGCCAGCUCUCCCCACUCACUAGAGCGCACACAUCGCCUCGUGCAGGCCAGAAGCAAGCAGUGAGCUGUGCAGCGUCAGUCGUAUCAAAGGGGGGUCACGGCCUGUGAAAACCAGGCCUGGAGGAAUCAAUGCCAGCUCAGCAUUGCACCCUGGGCCAGUGUGCUGCAUGGCAACCCAGGAUCGUGCUCAAAGCAGCAGCACUCGAGAGUGUGGGAUGUUGAAAGUGACAUGUGGGCAGUGGGUGCGCUGGGCAAAGGGUCUCAGAAGAGUCAUGGAUGAGUGAUUUGUUAUUUUAAAGCAGUCUGCCCCUUAGUGGUUGUGAAGCAUUUGGAGGGCACUGUAUGCACUUAUUCUAUCUGCCCUGUCACUAUGGCCCAUUGGUGCUGAGUGGCUCCAGCUAGCGUGGGGGAGAGAAGCAAGAGCUCAGCAUGUCUGUGCAUCCAGCAAAGGCCUGACCAGCCAUGGCUGGCUGCCGCUCCGUGGAGGUGGCUACUGCCUGCUGUAGGCCACCAGCAGUUUGCCUGGGUUGUGAAAGUUCUGCAGACAUAAGAUAAUGCCCCCUCCCUGCUGACCUAAGGCAGGUGAAAUUGCUGGUGGCAAACGGGUUGCAGGAGCACAGCAGAGGCUGGGUGCAACCCUGGCACUUCUGCAGGUUUGAAAGUCCAGCAGAUCUCCAUGGCAAGUGUUACCAGCAUAAUGCUCUGAAUUGAUGCCCAGGAACAUCACGGGGCCUGCUGAAGGAGUGUCCUACGGAAUGUCAGGGAAGUGUCGGGAGGCCCGAGCACAGUGUCAGCUCCUGUGUGACACGGAUCACUUGGACACUUAAUGAUCUUUCACUCUUGGGUUUGGGCCUUGUUAAUAUUCACCCUGGGAAGCUGCAAACCGCAGGCUGUUGCUUGCUUUCCUUCCCUUGCUCAAGCACAUGCUUUCAGGCCAGGGCGGCCCUUGGGUUGCUUUGCAGGGGGUGUCUCAGCAGGUUGCAGCUGGGAGUUCCUUUUCAAUAAAUGAAAAUAGCAGGUGUGUGAGAGUGUUUCUUUGGUGCAAGUGGGUGGGGGCAGGGCAGAGGCACAAGGAACUCCAAGGCCUGGCAAGUGGAGAAGUGUCAAAGAAUUGGGCUUGACUGCCCCAUUAUAUGUGUCUGCUCCCAGGUCCAGUUGUGAAGUCACUCCUGAGAUGGGCUCCAAGAGCUCCUCAGCAAGCCAGAGCAGGGAGCGUGCAGAGGAAACGGCCUAGGGGCAGUGAGUAGGCCGUGGAGCAGGUGGGCUGCAGCCGUACCUGUCUGUGCUGUCAGGCCAGCUGUGCUGUAAGGCAGACUUGGUUCUCUGUGCUGCUGUCUGUGCAGUUGUCCACUGAGCAGCUUGCAGUGUCCAAUGUAAUGUGUGUCUCGCCUUGACAUGCCUAACUCAGCUGAAUUUCCCAGAAAGUUGUAGUGCCCCUGCCCCCACCGCCACUGCCCUGGCACGGAAGAUCAGUACUUCGAGCACUUGGCUGGGUUAAUUUUUGGUUAAAGGGUUUUUCGGGCUUUGAUUAGAUGUAAACCGCUUUCUGUUGGUGGGGCAGAGACCCUACCCACUGACAUCAGCCCCAGAGCAGCUUCCAGGGAAUGCAAGGAGUGAAGGGCAGGGCAGCAAAUGCUGGAGAGACAGGGCCACUGGAAAUCCUGAGACCUGCAGGAAUGUCCAUUGCUGCAGCACUGAAAUAUCAUUGAGGGUGAUGUUGGCAACAGGCAGGGUAAGACACCUGGCUGGAGUAGAAUGCAUGGCCCUGCCCUUAUGAGCAAAUCUGGCAAGGCAGGGAGGAGGUCGCCUGUGUGUUAGACAUCAGAGUUUCCAAGUGGUUUUAAGCUGUAGUAGCAUUAGUCUCCCAACUAACAGCUCAUGUAGUCCUGCUCCUGAGCACGAAACGCUGCUGAUCUCCAACUCAGAGGUUCAUCAUGACCCUAAUGUUACUCUAAAAGUGGAACUGCACCUCCAGUCACUUACUAAAUUAUCCAGUAGAGAGAGUUUACUCGCCGUGCCUGUUGGCAAAGCCCUUCCAUCUAAACUGUAUGGGCACCUGCUAGCAGUGUGCCAGGGACUCCUCUCUCAGGUUUAUACCCAAAAGGUCCACAGCAGCUCACCCCGAGGUUGUGGGGGAUAUUUUGUGAGACAGUAACUUUGCUUACAAACAGCCCACUUACUCAGCCCGUCUCCUCCACUGCCUUUGCGCUACAAUUUGCACUCGCGUCACGGCUUUUUAAAAGAUUGUGUGUGUAAAUAUAUAUUUUUACAUUGUGUUCAUGCUUUGUUUGCACGCUUGGUAAGAAUUGGGUCAUGUAGCAGAGUGUAAUUCAUGGGGUAGGGUUCAUUUUCAUGUAUCCCAGCGUGUCCGACGUUGUACUAACCGCACUGUAACUUUGUAUGUCACACCAUCGUAAGAGCUGAAAUACAGAGUUCUCUUUCUCACCA